AUGCCUGAAGGAUACAAAGUCGAUGUAUCAAAAGCCGCUGGCCACGUCUAUCCAGCAGAAUCCGUAGCUUGCACACGCCGUGAUUUCUUGUUGUAUGCUUUAUCCGUUGGUGUACCUGAAGACGACCUUCAAUGGUUGUAUGAACUCGAUAUCGACUUUGGGCCAUUGCCCACCUAUCCUCUCUGUCUUUUAUUAAAGGGAGAUGAUUGGGAUGUCAAUUCAUUCAUGGAGAGAUGGACCUCAGGAGGACCUUUGCCGGGUGUACCAAGCUACGAUUUCAACAAAAUUGUCCACGGAGAACAAUCAUUUGAAGCAUUGAUACCCUUCCCUGCUGAGGGAGGUCGUUUCAAAUCUGUCAAAACAUGUGUUGGUGUGUAUGAUAAAGGAUCAGGCAUGGUCAUUGAUUCUGUUGUCGACCUCUAUGGAGAGGAAGAUGGUGUUCAUUAUUGUCGAAUGGGAACAAAGAUGUUUGUCAGAGGAUACGGUGGUUGGAAUGGUCCCAAAGGUCCUAAAGGCAUCACAUACAAUCCUCCCAGUCGCGAACCAGAUGUGAUUGAUUCUUUCAAAACAGCUCCAAAUCAAGCUCUUUUAUACCGUUUAUCAGGUGAUUUCAAUCCUUUGCAUGCGGAUGUUCAUUUAGCACCCACUGUCGGCUUCCCUAAACCUAUCUUACACGGUCUCUGCUCCUACGGUAAAUGUGGACAUGCCGUUGUGAAGCAUUUUGGCGGCAAUGACCGUACUCGUUUCAAGUCUAUUGAGGCUCGAUUUGCUCAACCUGUCUUUCCCGGUGAGACAAUCGAGGUAUUGAUGUGGAAGACACCAAGCAACGAUCCCAAGGCUGAAGCCGUUACUUUUCAAGCUCGUGUCAAGGAGAGAAAUGUAUUGGUUUUGACAAACGGUUACGCCACUCUUCACAAAGAUACAAAUAAUGCCAAGUUGUAA